ACCUGAUUGGAUUAAAAGUUAUUUCAAUGGCUUGUACCCGAGUAUACAGCUACACCAUUACCCGCUAACGUUAGCUAUAUUGUCUCGACACCCAUUUAAAAUCACUCCGGAGGCUUUUAGCCAACUAGCAGCAGUCCGCACGAGCGUAACUGGUUUAAAAUCGACAUAUUAGUGAGAACUGCCGUUACCCUUCAGACCGCUUCUUGCUGGCGUAGUCAUCACCCAAAUCCAAACGAUGUCUUUUGGACAUCUUUAGGAGAGAAUAACACCUGGCUUUUGAUUAUCAAUAACAGCGGCCACUAUCUACCGGUUUGAAUCCAACUCCUCGGUUUCCUGAUUAUGGCGUUUACUCGUUUGAAUUUGGUUGUAGAGUUUCGUAAGCAAAUGGGGUACGUUACCGCCACCUGCUGUCCGGGAGUUGAAACACUACCCCUCCAUAGCACAUAUUGAGAACUAUUGUCACGUUAUUGUUUUUGUGCUUGAAAUACACCCUCCCCUAACAUAAUACGGACUACUAAAUCGAUAUCACAUUUUAGUAAGUCAUCAUUUUCUGAGUUACGUUCCGAAUGUUAUAUGUAAACAGUAAUAUGAAAAGUAAACAGUUAUGUGCUCCACCCUCAGCAAGCGACGCCCACUGACUGGCUUAUACAACAAUGAUUUUUUUCUUUCUUUAAACCUUAUACUUUUCUUCGUCUCACGGUGUCUGUACUGGAUCUUCGUUUUUUGCUUGUCGGUUUUUGAUACUAUGCAUCAACAGUGGUCAAUGCAUAUAGCAGUGCUGCUUGUGCUGGUUGUCUUCCAAUGUGUCUCAGGUGACAGCGACACUUUGGCUCCACCAGAGGUCCCACAGAACAAUGGUACCUUGUAUGCAGCCUGUAAGAUGAGACCAAGCUCCUCGCUGGCUGAGGGUUUACCCAAAGUCUACGGCCAAGUCCUGUUCAAGCAGGAUUAUCCUCACGGAAAGCUCAAAGUCCUACUCGGCUUUCACGGUUUCCCCGGGGGGAGCGAGCCAAGGGCGGUGCACAUCCACCAGUACGGAGAUCUGCAACAGGGGUGCGAUUCCACCGGGGGACACUACAACCCCCUAAGUGUUGAUCACCCUAACCACCCUGGAGAUUUUGGACACUUUGCUCCCCAUCAAGGCAAAAUCUAUGCAAUGUUGGAGUCUGAGGCCACACUGUUUGGGGGGUUGUCUGUGCUUGGAAGAGCAGUGGUGGUCCAUGAGAGGAGGGAUGACUUUGGUCAAGGGGGAGAUGCUGGCAGUCUGCUGCAUGGAAAUGCAGGUCGCAGGCUGGGCUGCUGCAUUAUUGGCAUUUCCUCUCCCAAUCUCUGGAAUAUGUACUAUCCACAGAUCAAUAAGCGUGUGCAAGGAAUUUAAUUCCAUAUUAUUGUAGAUCUUCUAUAACUAGCUCAUAACGUAUUUAACUUCAGGACAUGAAUCUUGGUCUUUCUGCUUUUUAGACUCAACAAACCAGUAUGAAAACUACAGGGUGGGCCAUAAGAUUGAUAUAUAUAUAUAUUUUAAAGCUCUAUGGGGCACUUGAAGGUCAUGGUAUAUCAGUUGAAGAUACGAAACAUUAUUCAUCUCAAGGAACGUAUCACCAAUGCCAUUAUAAACAUCCAUAACUUCGACUGUGCUAAUGCAAGUUAAUGAACAGUGUAAAACACACAAAGUCAUCAAAACAAUGGUAAUCAUAUACAACAUAUGAUAUAAAUAAAAACAGUUGUUCAAUAUGAAUGAAUCGAAAUGGAAACUUAUGACCCACUCUGUACUGUAUUAUGCAGAAUUUGAUGUAUUUUCCAAACAAAGUAGAUAUACAGCAGAGCUAGACUUAAUAGAGUUAGAGUUAAUACUUUCACCACAACAAUGACCAGUGCUAUAAAUUUGGCAUCAUAAAAGUUUUCUGUAAAGUAUGCAUUUGAAUUGAAUAUGUUUGGAAUAAAAGUGGAUUUAAAUUUGA